UGGCUCCGUUUGCUCGUUGGCUGCUUGCUUGCUUAAAGCCCACUUGAUCGCUGCUCCGCUGCCCCCUCGAUCGCCUCCGCGCUCUCCCGUCCCGCGCACGAACACGCGUACGUGUGCAGUAGUUCUCGGCACGCUUCCCCAUAUAUACCCCUGGCGCGCGCGCCCAGCCGGCGGCCUCGACAGAUCGAACACACGCCGGCAAGGGCAACGAACCCGCGGCAGGUAGCUGCUCGCGUGUCGGGCGGGAAUGGGACGGCACGCGUGCUCUGCCGCCGCCGGUGUCCAGCAGAAGCUGCGCAAGGGGCUGUGGUCUCCCGAGGAAGACGAGAAGCUCUACAAUCACAUCAUCCGUUACGGCGUCGGAUGCUGGAGCUCCGUGCCCAAGCUCGCAGGGCUCCAGAGGUGCGGCAAGAGCUGCAGGCUGCGGUGGAUCAACUACCUGCGCCCCGACCUGAAGCGGGGCAGCUUCUCGCAGCAGGAGGAGGACGCCAUCGUCGGCCUGCAUGAGAUCCUCGGGAACAGGUGGUCGCAGAUUGCGUCGCACUUGCCGGGGCGGACGGACAACGAGAUCAAGAACUUCUGGAACAGCUGCCUGAAGAAGAAGCUGCGGCAGCGCGGCAUCGACCCCAGCACCCACAAGCCCAUCUCAGCGUCCGUUGUGGCGGCGGCGGCGGCAUUGGACCCGUCACCGGAAGACCAGAAGCCGGCAGCCACCGCCGACGGCUUCGCCCUCAAGCAGCAGCAGGUGUUCGACCCGUUCCCGGUGACCGACAGCUUCGGCGGCGGGUUCGACUCCACGGGCAUGGCAAUGUACGGCCACCUCGGCGGCAAGAACGCGGCCGGGUUCGUGGACUACAGCAGCGUGCUGGACGUGUCGGAGAACCUGGGCUACGGCGAGAGCUCUAGCAACAGCAGCAACUGGAACUGCGGCGUGGGCGCGCCAGAGGUGAACAAUGCGCUCGAGAGCGAGGCGCUGCAUUGGGCCACUGAGAGCAAGGCCGAGCCUUUCGUCGGCUACGGCGGCGAGGGGGACACCAUGGAACACAAAUUCGUGCUCCCCUGCCAUGGGCAGCAAGAGCAGAGCAUGCCACAUUUCGACUUCGACGUCGGCCGGGGCAUGGUGGUCGGCGACUUCAACCUCGAGUACUUCCGAUGAAGUUUUUGUGAAUUACGCCAUUAUCGUAUAUAUAUAUUGUUCCAACCCAUUUUACACAAAGGGCAAGACCAACCGGGAGCGUAGAGACUGUACUAUGUUAAUUUUCACUAGUCCAUACUCCUUAAUUAACUCCUUUCUUAAUGUUUUCUGCAUGGCUAAAAAUAUAAAUAAAAGGUAUAGAAAUGUGAACACUCUGUAGUUACUAGUAUGAGAUUUUGUAAGAAUAAGUUUCUUACACUUGUACUCUGUAUGUUGCUGUCACUGGGAGGACUUGUGUGCUGUGUAUUCCUCUCCUGAAGAAGGAACAAUCAAGGUUCUCACUAAUUGCUUG